AUGAAAUGUUGCACGAAGGAGACAAUGAUUCGAUCCCGUGUAGAAUUUUGGGACAACAGCGACAUCACUAAGGCAAAACCUUCGGUUUACUAUAAUGUGGUCUAUUUCGUUAUGGUACUCUCUAUUAGGAAACUCCCACGUCCAGCGCUGAGUGUGGGGCUUUUGGAAUUGCGAACUACCAUGGAUGAUCUUGGUCGUCAUGCCAAACUUAGAAAUCCGCUCGCCGUUUUCGUUCCAUUCUAA